AUGGGUCACUUUUAUUUGACCUUGUUAGCAGCACUUUGGGCAUUGCAUCGAAUUUACAUAUUCCUGACAAUUCCAGUUCUAAAAAUUGUUAAAUAUCUUAACAUCAAAACUCCAUAUGCAACUAAAGUUUCAAUAGAUAAAAUUACCACUACUUCAAUAGCAGUACAUUGGGAAAAUGAACCAAGAGAAAUAUCAAUAAAUAAUAGCAAUACUAAAAUAAAACUUAAUAGUAAUAAUGACAAUAACGACAAUAACGACAAUAAUGACUACACUACCAAAAGGAAAGAAAAGGAAUCAUCAAAAGACAAUACUGAUCAAAAAUGUACCGAUGAUUCUAGCAUUUCUCAUUAUAUCUUGUAUUUGAAUGGUACACAGAUUGCAGUAUUCCCAAAUUAUCCGGAUUCUCUAUAUACUUGCUGUUCAUUAAAUGGUUUAAAAUCAAAUACAACAUAUCAAUUGGAUUUUAUUACCGUUAAUAAUAUGGGUUUCAUAAACAAGUUGCCUUCAAUUCAUUGCAUGACAAGACAUGAGAAAAAUGAUGUUGUUAAAACUCCAAAAAGUUCCUGGAAAAGAAACUCUACACCAAUCGGCAGUUCCAUUGUAACUGAAAACGUAUCCAGUUAUAAUACUUUAACUACUUUAAAAGAUUUAGAAGAUUAUUCCAUCGACGAUUUGAAAAAGAUUCUGAUAUGUGCACAAGAAGACUUGCAUUAUGUUACUUCGCAAAGGUCAAUUAUUUUGAAUGAUUUUAAAGAUUCAAAACUGCAACUAAAAUUAGAACUAGAAAAUCUGAAAAAUAACUGGCAUCAUGAAAAUGAACUGCAUAAAUCGCUGAGAUCAAAUAUUAAAACUUUAGAAAAUUCAAAAGCAUUAUAUGAUUUGAAGUUGGGGAAGUUGAAUAAAAAAAUUGAACAAUGUAAAACAAAACUUAAUAAAAUGGAAAAUGAAUUGAAAAAUUGGCUGAAUCAAGAUACAAUGUUAGAAGUAUUAGAGGAAAACUAUGAUUCGAAAACUGCAAAUAUCAAAAAAGAAAAAGAAAGACUAUCAAGUGAUAUUAUACUUUUACAAGAAGAAGUUUCAAGAAAGGAAUUGAUUAAUAAAGAAUUGAACACGAAUAAAUCGAAUAUUGAAGUGAAAACCGAUACCAGUAAGUUAAUCACUGAAAUCAAUGAUUCAAUAAACGAUGAAACAGGAUUAUUGGACAAUGCCGGUUCUUCUGUAUUAACUAAGUUAUCGACAUCAUCUACAUUCUAUAAUUUGAUUACUGAUCAUCUGAAUAUUGAUUCCAAAUUAAAUUCAUCUUGGAAUAGAGAAAAAAAAUCAUAUAUGAAAAGAAUAGCAUCCUUGGAAGAAAUGUUUAACCAACUAAGUUUACAAAACUCCCAAUUGAGGGCCAAUAUGAUAAUACAACCAUAUUCAAAUGUAGAAGCUCAAUCACUUUCAAAUCAUGGAUCAGGGACUGCAUUAAAUGAAUUGACCGGUAUGACAUCUCCUAUUCCUAAUAGUGGUAGCUUUAUAGACAUGAUUAGUUUAAAUGAAAGGAGUAGCACAAUUGGUAAUAAUUCAACCAAAGAUAAUGGAACAAGACAAUUUGUUCCUGCAGCUACAAGUCCUAAUAUUGGCGGUCCUGAAAAUGAAAAUAACAGUAAAAAAGCUAUUAAUGAUCAAAUCAAUAAUAUAUCAAUUAAUAAUAAGCAUGAACCUCAGUCAGAAAUUCUAGGACGUAAUCGUGCAGUAUUUAUUUUUGAUGAGGAACAAACACAACAUGCAGAUCCGAAUCAAAUUCAGCAACGUAAAAGUCCAAAUCUUGCUACACAGAUGAAUAUUAUUAACAAUCAAUUUACACAUAGUUAUCCAACAACCGCAACUGUAACAACAAAUGCUACUGCAUCUGCAACCCCAAAUUUAAACUUACACUUUCCCUGGACUGAGAGUAAUAGCGAGAAAAAGGAGGCACAACUUGCGAACAAUGAAGAUUUUUAUCAACAAUUUAAUUACGACAAUGCAGAUCAUGUUAUCAGUGGAUUACAAGAUAUGAUAUUUGAAGAAUCGGAUGAUGUUGAUCACAUAAGCAAUUAUUCAAAGGGUUUUACUACAGAUCAAUUGGAUAAUUAUUGGACAACAAAAAGCAUGACAACUGAUAGCAACAGACUCUCUGUACAAGACAAAAUUUCACCUACAUCACCUCAAGCAGUUUUGGCAUUUAGUAAUAAGAACGAUUUUAUCUCGCCUAUAUCAACAGGCUCAUUACCAUUUAAUUCAUACUUAACGAACAUAUCAUCUGGGCCAGAUAGUUCACAGCAACCAUUUACAAGUUCUUAUAAUGAUAACAUAAUAGGAUCUUUCCCUGAAUCAGUCAGCAUGAGGAACUCUAAUUCAUUUAAUUAUUUCUCAAAUGAGCCAACAUCAGCACAUUCGUCUGCUACCAUGAUUCCAGAUGACAAUCGAUUACAUAUUUUAUCAGGCUUCCGCGAUAACAGCAGCAGUGCCAACAAUUCAAGCAAUAAUCAAAGCAUAAAUACAAUUGAGACUCAUGGUAAAAACUCGCAUUUUAGUAAUUUCCUUUGGAAUACCUCUGCAGCCUCUGAUUCUCCCAACGAUAGCAAAGAUACUGACAAGACGCCAACAACAAGCCCUUCGAAAAGGAAAUGGUUCUCUAAAAAACCUAGGAAAAAAUCUAUAACUUCCCAAUAA